AUGAUAUCUCAAAACAAGUCGGAAACUAUGAAAGCUGUCGUAUUCUUUGGUGCCCAUGAUAUUAGAGUCAUUGAAAAACCUCUCCCAACAAUAGAAAAGAGCACAGAUGCUGUCAUAAAAAUCCAAUCAGCUGCCCUAUGUGGAUCAGAGCUUCAUACCUACCGUGGUGCAAUUGUUCCCCCAUCAACUGGACAUAUUAUGGGUCACGAGUUUACAGGCGUUGUCGCAGAAGUGGGAGCAGAUAUCAAAGGGUUUAAGGUAGGUGACGAGGUGGUCUCGAUUUUUACAACUCAAUGUGGCGAAUGCUGGUAUUGCACCCAUGGCUGCUCGAGUAAAUGCUCGCAAGCCUUUGUCUUUGGAACCCCAGGUCACGACGGUGGACAAGCUGAGUAUUGCAGAAUUCCCCUAGCAGAUACAACUUUAAAACACAAGCCUACCGGUAUUGACGAUUCUAUCCUUGUAUUAUUGGCAGACAUAUUUCCAACAGGAUACUUUGGUGUUAAAAAUCUAUUGGAAAAGAUUCCAACAGAGUAUAUACCCGAGUCGGUAAUAUUGCAGUUAGGUUGUGGACCAGUAGGACUUUGCGCUAUUGCUUCAGCAAAAGCGAAGGGUAUAAAAUAUUUAUAUGCUGUCGAUACGGUUCCUGAACGCCUUAAGUUAGCUGAAAAGUUCGGAGCUAUUCCUUUAAAUUUGAAAACAGAUGAUAUCGAAGGAAUUAUCAAGAAGGCCACUAAUGGCAGGGGAGCAGACGGAAUUUUGGAAGUAGUUGGAAGUGUUGAUGCACUUAAAUUAGGCUUCAAAAUUGUUAGAUCUGGAGGUAUUAUUAGUUCAAUUGGCUAUCAACAUGGGGAAAUGCCUUUUUCAGGUCUUGAUUGUUAUCUCAAAAAUGUCACUCUUCAGUUUGGCAGAUGCCCAUGUUAUUCUUUGUAUGAUGAAGCAGUUGAAACUUUGAAGAAAGUUUCCCAUUUAUUUAAAGACUUUGUAGAUUUGGAGUUGCCACUUGAAAAUGCUCCUAGAGGUUAUGAAUUAUUUGAAAAACAUGGUGCUAGGAAGAUUAUCUUCAAGCCAUGA